UACCAAGUGUAUUAUACAAUUAUUUCGGAAUAUGAAAAUAUAUCAUGGACUUUUUUAACUUAUACGAAUAAGGUAUUUUCAUAUUUACAAUUUUAUUUUUAUUUUUUAUUAAUUAUUUUUAUUUUUAUUAAAUUUAUUUUUUAAAAGAGGACACCCCUAUGAAAAAUUUCUGGGUCCGCCACUGCAUGUGGAUGUGACUUGUGGGAUGAGUUGCUGGCUGUUUACAGCAAUUUACGGCAGGUGACUAUAAUACGAUCCUCCAUGCGUCGGAGAAGUCCGGGGGGAGCAGCCUUCGACAGUCAUAGGGCGAGGGAUUUCUAGGCGUGUGUGUUGGAUACGGGUCUGGUCGAUCUGGGGUUUUUGGGACCCCCUUUCACCUGGUUCAAGACAGGGGUGCGGGAACGGUUAGAUAGAGGUUUGGGGAAUCUCCGGUGGUCUACCGAGUUCCCUGAGACUACGGCACUUACCUAGAAUCAAAUCUGACCAUCGACCAUUACUUAUAAGUACUGCCCCUCAGUUUGGUCCAGGAGGGCCUAAACCCUUCAAGUUCCCGACAGCAUGGCUGACCCAUGAAGCUUUUCGAGAUAUGGCGUGCUUAGCUUGGAAUAAAGGAAGUGACCUUACUAGUUCGAUUACUUCCUUUGUGGACGAGGCGAGACGGUGGAAUGUGGAGGUCUUCGGGCACAUAAUGAGAAAGAAGAAUAAACUGCUCAUGCAGAUCGAGCGAGUAGAAAGUUCGGGGAGAGGGGAUUUGGACAGAAUAGUUGAAUACCUUAUGCAACGAGCUCGAAGAAAUUCUUCUACAAGAAGAACUCUUUUGGUGCCAGAAAGCUCAAUCGGAAGGGAUAGUGUCGGGGGAUAGAAACACAAAGUUCUUUCAUAAUCGGGUGAUGCAAAGUGUAACACCUUAGACAAAUCCAACAUCAACAAAGCACGGGAGAGAUCCAUGGUUCAUAAGUAGGAAACCGGCCUUAACUGACAAGACGCGUUUUGGGGUGUAAUGGAGGAGUUCUUGUGAGAACUCUGAAGUUAAACGUGUCAGUGUGGAGUACAACAAGGAUGGGUGACCUUAUGGGAAGUCACCUUGAAUUUCACCCCAAGUCGAAAACCAUGAGGGUCGAGGCCCAAAGCGGACAAUAUCUUCGUCGGGAAAAGGUUCGGGAUGUUACAAGUGAUAUCAGAGCCUCUCUGCAUCCCUCUUGAACGAUGGUGGGGCAAACCUCAACGAGGGCAUUGAGUCCCAAGGGGGGGGUGUAUGUAACACCUUAGGCAAAUCCCACAUCGACAAAGCACGGGAGAGAUCCAUGGUUCAUAAGUAGGAAACCGGCCUUAACUGAUAAGACGCAUUUUGAGGUGUAAUGGAGGAGUUCUUGUGAGAACUCCGAAGUUAAACGUGCUCAGUGUGGAGUACAACAAGGAUGGGUGACCUUAUGGGAAGUCACCUUGAAUUGCACCCCAAGUCAAAAACCGUGAGGGUCGAGGCCCAAAGCGGACAAUAUCUUCGUCGGGAAAAGGUUCGAGAUGUUACACAAAGGACACGGCGAAACCGCAUUGUGGCUUUGAAGGACGAAUUGGGUAACUGGGAAGAAGAUCAGGCUAUACUUCAGGACUUGGCACGCAACUACUAUGCCCAGCUGUAUCUGGAUAAUGGCGAUCCUGCCGCAAGCUUACCAUCCGGAUUCAGCAACUUGCCGCAAAAUGCGUGGGAGGCUCUUACCAUGAACGUUACGGAUGAUGAGUUCUACCAAGCAGUUGCUGCAAUGGGAUCCUUGAAGGCACCGGGGAAGGAUGGUCUUAAUCCACUCUUCUACAAGAAGUGUUGGGAGUUUGUUGGCAAGGAUAUGAUCCAGUUUGCACGGAGCUGCUGGGAGGAUCCACGGAAAGUGAAGAGGGUGAAUGCUACCAUCUUAGUUCUCAUCCCCAAGGUUGCCAAACCGACCCUCCUCUAGCAGUUUCGUCUGAUCAGCUUGUGCAACGUGGCGUAUAAAAUUAUUACGAAAGGCCUGGCGGAGAAGUUGAAGCCCCUCAUGCCACGUCUGGUGGCUGAAACCCAGACCAGCUUUGUCCCGGGUCGUCACAUUACUGACAAUAUCUGUAUUUUGCAGGAAGUAGUUUACUCUAUGCGCGCUAAGAAGGGGAGAACAGGUUGGAUGGUACAAAAGAUCGAUCUCGCCAAAGCCUAUGACUGUAUCUGGUGGUGCUUUGUUUGAGACACUCUCAAGCCGCAGGAGUACCAAAGGAGUUCAGAAAGCUGACCAUGCAGUGUAUAACCUCACCGACAAUGCAGGUGCAGUGGAAUGGAGGGUUGACUGAGGAGUUCUCACCGUCCUAGGGCCUACAUCAAGGAUGCCCACUCUCGCCAUACUACAUUUUUACUCUGUGCAUGGAGAGGUUGGGCCAUCUGAUCAGCGCCUCGGUUGAGAAUAAAUCAUGGAAACCCAUCCGAAUUUCGAGUAAAGGCCCGGAUUUGUCGCACUUGUUUUUUGCAGAUGAUCUCAUCUUGAUGGGGGAGGCGACAAUUGAGCAAGCAGCGAUCAUCAAUAGUUUUCUUGAGUGUUUCAGUUCAGCGUCGGGCCAGCAAGUCAGUCGUCCGAAGUCAAGGGUGUUCUUCUCCGGCAAUGUCAUGGAAUUGGUGGGCGCUUCUAUUAGUGCAGAACUGGGAAUACAAGAGACGAAGAAUUUGGGAAGAUAUUUGGGGUGCCUGUAAUACACGAUCGAGUCUCAAAAGAUACCUAUAAUGCGCUCAUUGACCGAAUUGACUCUCGUCUUGCAGGAUGGAAAGUUAAAUCUCUAAGUCUAGCCGCUAGGAUUACACUUGCGCAAUCAGUGCUAUCCUCUUUGCUUGCUUACACGAUGCAGACCUCGUUUCUCCCUGCGAGUGUUAGAGACUAUGUUGACAAGAAGAUCAGAGCUUUCGUUUGGGGAAGUUCGGAGAUGGGGAAAAAGAUCCACCUUGUUGACUGGAGUGCAGUUUGCAGACCUAAAGAGGAAGGUGGGCUUGGUCUGUGAACGACUACAAGGAUGAACGAAGCUUUUAUGCUAAAGAUCGCUUGGCGCCUCCUCUCAGAACCAGAAGCUUUAUGGGCACGAGUUGUCAGGGCCAAAUACUUACGAGAGAGAGGCGGAGGAUGGCAGCCACGCACAUCAGGGAGACUCUCCAACUUGUGGCGAGGGGUAAUACGAGUUCUCCACCUCCUUCCGGAGGCCCUCAUGUGGAACGUCAAAAAUGGGAAAAGUGUGCGCUUCUGGGAAGACAGAUGGUUACAUGAUGGUCCUUCAUUAGGUGAUAUGGCGGGGGAAUUACCGGAGGUAGCGAGGUCAUUGUCGGUGGGGGACCUGAUGCUGAACGGUGAAUGGAAUGUGCAGUAUAUUCAGGCCUUCCUCCCCCGGUAGGUGGUGCAACAGGUCCUACUAUACCCGCCACUUAAUGAAGCAGAAGUAGAUGUGACGUUGUGGAGGCUUACUGAUUCAUGGAAGUUCUCUGUCAAAACAGCCUAUGAACUCACAGAUGAAGACUAUGUACCAUCCGGGAGUCGCGCGUUGUGGAAGUCGAUAUGGCGAACUCCAAUUACACAGCGUAUACGGUCUUUUCUUUGGCUGGCAACCUACCGCAGGUUGGUCACUAAUGAAGAAAGGAAGAGACGCCAUUUAACUAAUGAUGACACCUGCUCCAUUUGCGGAAAGGGCCCGGAAUCCACUCUUCAUGUGCUUCGGGAUUGCCCCUACGCAAGGGUGGUGUGGACGGGUUUCUUGGAAGGGGAGGAUGAUGAAAUGUUCUUUCAGGAGAACAUGGAUAGGUGGUUGUUACAAUACCUGAUAGGGAGAGGGCGGAAGGUGGAUGCCACGUUCUUUGCAGUAGUGUGCUGGUCACUUUGGAAAAAUAGGAAUACAUGGGUCCUUGAAAA